AUGGUGGUGCGAACUGGAAAAUCUUUGCCUGUUCGACAUGGGUUAGUUCAGUUCGCAGUGAAACUUGCCUUGGCAACUGGUGCUGUGCUGCUCGGACAAUCGCUGAGUGACUUGUUCGUGCCUUUCAUUGCCUCCAAAAUCGUGCGACACCGGAAUGGGCAACGAGAUAGAGGCGGUGUCUUGACCGCUCGUGCAGCAUACCCUGAGAAUGCAGACGAUGCCGAAGAUGAUAAGGCAUCCAAAGAACUGCGUCUUGCACAGGAACGUCUCACCAAAAUCUGGAAUGAGGGUGGUGGGUCUGCUGCCACCUCAUUUUCUGUGUCGCCUGCAGGCGCGGAUUUGACCGUCGAGAGGCUGCAAAUCGCAGAUGGAACUCCUCCUGUGGGAAGCGUCCUCUUGGCUGAUCCGCGCCGCUACUUUUCAUCGAACGGAGGACCUGCAGCUCUUCGGACUGGGCGGAGGUUUUUUGUGGACGGGUCUCGUCGUGACCGGGCAAAUUUGCCUGUCCGCCGCUCAUGUCAUGUUCUUUGCAUGAUUGUCUUGCAGCCCUCUUUGAAUCCUGUCCGCAUGUGGCCGAUGACGGUCAUGGGCGAGGAUGAGAGGUUCGCUUCUAACUCUUGUGAUCUCUCCUCCCAGCACUCGCACGCAGCAAUGCGAUGCAAAGUGUCACUGGAUGGAUCCUGGCAUGAUGGGUGGACAUGGCGCCAGAUUUUCGCAACUUUGCUGACAUCAUUUGUGGCAGUGCGGUAUUGGCCAUCAUCGCAGUUUGUCUUGGGACAUCGGGCAGCCCACGCUCGGACCACCCUCGUCUCAAGACGGGCGGUCUCUCGAAAUCCCUUUGAUGUCUUGGGCCUGUCGCGGAGCGCCUCGUAUGAUGAGAUCCGGUCAGCCUUCCGCAGUCUUGCCAGGACGUACCAUCCUGAUGUGCCAGGUACUGGUGACGAGGAUCGCUUCCGUGCUAUCCGUGAGGCAUUGGAAGAACUGGGCACUCCAGAAGGACGGGAACGCUGGUCUUUUACAAGCAACUACGCAUCAAGAACUGCUGACAGCUACAGAUACAACGGCUAUGGCUAUGACAGCUAUGAAAGCAGCAGCUACAGUACCCGCCACAGGCAAAGCCAGUCAAACGGUUGGGAAGAAGAAGUGAGAAGCCGAAGCACGCGACAAGAGGAACAGAGACAGAGGCAGCAGCAGAAGCAGGAAAGGGAAGCUCAGAAGCAGGCGAAAGCGGCUGCCAACCAGGAUAAGUUCUUUGAGCGGGAACUUCGAAAGGCAGUGGCUUCCGCGAAGCAGCGACAGGCACAGCGGCGAAAGGAGUGGCAGCGUGGAGUAAAGGAAGCGCUGAAUUCAGUGUGGCAACAGCAAAAGGAGGACUUGAGCCUCGGAUGGGGAGCGUUAGAUACCUUCAAGCAGAAUCGAAAGCGAUACGUAGAUGAUGAGGCAAAAGCCUGGAAGGAACGUCUUCAUGCAGAGCGAGAACUUUCAGCUUCCCAAAGGGAGAAGGAUGGAAAGGUUUGGGUUGCAAAGUUCGCUCAUGUCCAGGAGGAGGCAUCUUAUCGUCAAGAGGAGCUUGGACGACAGCACUCCAAGAGGUUGCGGGACUUUCGGGAAGGCUUUCAGCAGAGAUCUGAGAAUGCCGAGGUCCCUUCUGCUGAGCAGAUCCAGGAGGAGAUCGACAAGAUUGUCUUGCAGCAAGACGAAAAAAACAAGCAUUGCUGGCAGAAAAGCUACAAGAGCAUGAUGAAACGAUUGCGCAGGUCCAUUGCAAAGGAGCCCAAGAUAUGGAAGGACGGAUUCAGGACCACAUUGAUCCAAAUGGGCAAAGGCGGCCAAGCGGCGAGCCAAAAGUGGGUCCGAAAAUUUCAGGACACCAUGAGGGAGAUGGGAGAGGCUGAGAAGGAUGAGGUGGCUGGUUGGGUCGACCAUUUCAAGAAUCUCCGGAAGCCGACUGCCCAGGAGCCAAGAUGGAACACUUUGGCGCAGGCUUCUCGGAAGCUGUCCGCAGUCUCGCGGAAGCAUGUCCUGAACAUCAUCGAGCAAUGUCGCAAGGCAGAAGUCAAGCGCCUCAAUUGGCAGGCUUGGAAUCGCAAGCAGUGGGUGAAGAAGUUCCGGCAAGCAGAGGACCAGGCCUUCCAAAUGGAGAAGGAGGAGAAGCUGAGACUGGCCGAGGAGUUUUGGCAGGCAGUGAAGGACUCCCAUGUCCAGGAUGUGCCUGGGCAGCACUGCACGGAUGUUAGCGGUACAGCCGAAGUCACUGAAGUCCGGUUCUUGGAGACUGCUGGCCAAGGUUCCAGUACAGACGCGGUGCCGCAGAAUGGUCAGACUUUGAAUCAUGCCGUCUGCAAAAGGCCGAUGCAAGACAACUCAGUGCUGACUGAACCGCUGUGGGUCCAGUACGCCGAGAAGGCUGGCCCGCCUUUCACGAAACGGGAACAUGGCUCAGCAGUCAUAGUGGGGUCGUACUUGCAGGCUGGUGGUGAGCUGGCCGAGCUUGGCAAAGAGUGCAGUGCUGAGAACCAUGCAGAGCUUGACUGCACAGGGCUCGAUGAGAGCCUCCAGAGCUUCGUCGGCGGCGCUUCGUCUGUUUCAGCAUCCGCUCUGCGAAGGGCCUCCGUCGCGCGGCAUGCGGAGGUGAACAAGGUCCAGGCCGGAGACCGCUUUGUGGGCUGGCUGAAGCACCCUGUAUUGACGGCUCGGCAGAAGUUCGACCUGGUUGUUGAGGUAGGGCCCGGUGAUGACAAGGGGGCGUGGAAGAUCACGGAUCCCAACAAGAAGCUGCAGGCCGGCAAGUCUUACGAAGGCCCCUGCAAGGUCAUCUCCGCAGAUGAAGACGGCGUCAUCUUCCGGGACGCAGAUACUGUCCUGAACGGCACGCUCAAUGGCGCUGGGCCAGGCACUAUCAGCGGCCGUGCCAUGCAGGGAGGUCUGAAGUGGGGCGGUUUCUUUGAGGCCAGCCACUGCGGUCGCUUGCGCCAGAGGGAACAUGGCGAUUGUUCUGCCAGGUCAAGCGUGAGGGUGACUGAUCUCGGCCGAGAGCGCGGCAUGCCGACUUCAGCAGACGAGUCAGGUAAAAGCAGUUUCCUAGUGACUCUGCCGCAUCGAAGCGGCUUUGUAUCAGACAAGUUGGUGGGUGGGUUGGCUGACGGUUGCUUGAUGACACAAAAUCCGACGAUGGCCAUCCUCCGGCCCCUUCUCCGGCCCUUUCCAGAGACACGUAGACACACGUAG